AAUGCAGAAAGUAKGGCUAUCAAUGUUURCAUUGAAAAUACARCAAAAGUUCACAAAAAUAUUGCGAAAUCUGGAUGAGAAGAAGUCUAUAACUAUUUCUUAGCAUUUUUAUUAAUUGAUAAGAUGAAGAACGGUUUGCGUGACUCGAUUUCAUUGACAAUUGAAUCACUUGAUAUUUCGAACAUCAUUGAGCUUACUACAUAGUACCACGUUACACACCGCUUUCAAUACAAGAUGCAGAGCUCCGAAGGAGUAAAAAAUCUAUUACAAGAUCAGCAUUUACUGAACAGAACUCGACCUUCAACAGCAGUUGGUUUAAGGACAAGAAAAACAAGACCUUCACGACCAAUUUCAGCUCCACCAUCCAGACCACCAUGGAGAAACCCAAACUCACCAGAAWCUAAYCGACGAAGGAAAUUUAACGUCAGUUUAUAUCACUCGCCAUUUGAAAGCUCUGUCAGUAGAAAGGCACCAUAUGCUUCCAGGCCAAAGGCUACUAGUGGRUCUACAACAUUUCCAGGAAGAGAGUUUUCUUCUCCRGGUUACAACUCCUUAAGUGAUCCUCAUUUGAAUGGCUUUUUUACCAGGAAGUUUGGUUUUGGUGGUGAAGGAGAAAGUCCUGCAAGAAGAAAGGUCAAGUACUCUGCAAGUGGUCAACUGAAGAAACAAGGUGCCAAUGUGUUAUAUAAAGUGUUGGUCAAAACUGGAAGUAAGAGGAAUUGUGGUACAGAUGCCAAGGUAUUUUGUGAGUUUUGUGGUGUUCAUGGCAAAUUCCGUCGUCAGCUAACCCAUCAAGUAGAAGCUGGAGUCCCUGCYGCAUUUGUUGCAACACUMCCACCUUUUGAGUUUUCACCUGGUGCAAAAGACAUGUUUAACAUCAAAGGACCUGAUAUUGGAGAGAUGAGGCACAUUAUUAUUGAGCAUGACGGUAAAGACAGAAAGCAAGGCUGGUUCUUAGAGGAAGUWACUGUACUGAACAAUAGAUCAGAGCAGAAAUGGUCAUUUCCAUGUAACCAAUGGCUAUCAUUGUAUGAACAUGAUUGUGCUGUUAGCAGAAAACUGAAAGCAGUUGUUCACAGGAAGSCAAUAAGAACAGUUUAUGUUAUUGAGGUGGAGACUGGGGACAAGGCUGGUGCAGGCACUGAUGCCCAUGUAUUUAUUACCUUGUUUGGUAAAAAUGGAAAAACUCCCAAAACCCAGCUUAUUAACAGGAAUGAAGAUACAUUUGAAAGAAAAAGGACUGAUGUGUUUAAAAUCAAGAUCACUGAAUUGGGGCCUCUCUCCAAGCUAAUAGUUGAGCAUGACAAUUUUGGUUUUUCUGCUGGCUGGUACCUUAAUAAAAUAACCGUUUAUGAGCGCGAGAAUCCAGAUAAAAAGUACUAUUUUCCAUGCUACCAAUGGCUGGCAACUGAUGAAGGUGAUGGACGAAUUGCCAGAAACUUAACAGCUUCUACUGACCCAAAGUCAGGACGUCAAGAAUUCAUAUAUCUAGUCCAUACUUAUACUGGUGACAAACGAGGGUCUGGUACUGAUGCUAAUGUCACUAUGACCAUAUUUGGACAUGACGGUGAUUCUGGAGAACAUAAGCUUGACAAUGCCAGAAAUAARUUUGAACGUUCAAAGAAAGACACUUUCAAAGUUAGUAGUGGGGCAUAUCUUGGGGAUCUUACCAAAAUACGCAUUGGUCAUGAUAACUCUGGCCUUGGCCCUGGAUGGUUCCUGGAAAAGGUUACUGUAGAGGAUUCUAAAACUGGUCAGCUGUAUGAUUUUAUGUGCCGUCGAUGGCUAUCAAGGACUGAAGAUGAUGGACAGAUAACAAGGGAAUUGGUAUUAAAGGGAUUAGAUGACAUGGCUGUUGAUGCCGGUAUUCCAUAUGAAAUCUCCAUAACAACAGGUGAUAUACGUAAUGCRGGUACAGAUGCCCGUGUAUAUGUAAUAAUGCAUGGAGGUGAAGAUGGAGAAGAAAACAGUGGAAAAAUAUGGCUUGAUAAUGGUGAUAAAGAUAACUURAAGCGUGGACGCACAGACAUUUUUAAAGUGGAGACAACAAACUUGCUAAGUCCUUUGCAUCAUUUGACUUUGGGCCAUGAUAAUUCAGGCUUGGGCUCUGGAUUUUACUGUGAAAAGGUUGUUGUUGAUUGUCCAAGCAGUGGUUACCAACAAGUGUUUCURUGUCAAAAAUGGCUGGCAGAUGAUGAGGAUGAUAAUCUUAURGAACGUGAUUUGUAUGAAUCUGAAGACAUGAGAAUCAUCCGUGGUGAAAAGGAAGUAUGGAAUGUUGGUGUUUGGACGAGCGAUAAACGUGGUGCUGGCACAGAUGCCAAUGUCUUUGUCACAUUUUAUGGGAAAAAUGGUAAAAGUGAAGAAAUCCCUCUUGGAAAUCGRACUGACAACUUUGAAGAGGGCCAAAUGGACAAAUUUAAAGUUGAGCUUCCAAAGAUAGGAAAGCCUUAUAAAAUGAGAAUACAUCAUGAUAACAGCAAUGCAUUUCCAGGCUGGCAUCUAGAAAAGGUCCAAAUGCACCAUGCCAAAAGCAAUGCUAAGUAUGCUUUCAAGUGUGAUCGCUGGCUCUCAAAAGAUGAAGARGACCACCAAAUUAUUCGAGAGUUUCCAGCAACUGGUCCAAAUAUUGAACCAUUACCAGUCUAUAUAUAUCGGGUCUUUGUACAUACUGGUAAUAAACGAGGCGCUGGCACCGAUGCUGACGUAUUCAUUACCAUYUUUGGUGAGAUGGGRGACACAGGUGUAAGACCACUUCAAUCAUCGAAGGAUAACACCAAUAAAUUCGAGAGAAACCAYACUGAUGAAUUUGAAGUAGAGGCWGUUUCUUUGGGUAAACUGAAAAAGAUUCGUAUUGGACAUGAUGGAAGCGGAUCAGGAUCAGCGUGGUACCUUGAUAAAGUGGUUAUCAGUGACCCUGAAGAAGACACCAAGGUUUAUCAGUUUCCAUGUGAAAGAUGGCUUGCGAAAGAUGAAGACGAUGGACAGACAACACGUGAACUACUUUGUGGGAAAGCCAGUCUUCUUAACACUACGUCAUAUCACGUGUCAGUUCGUACGGGUGAUGUGAUUGGUGCAGGRACAGAUGCCAAUGUGUACGUCAUAUUACAAGGUGACAAAGGUGACACAGGUAAACUAAACCUAAAGCAAGCCAAUAACACAAAGAACAAGUUUGAGAGAGGAAGAACYGACCAGUUUACCCUYGAAGCCGUGGAUAUUGGAAAGAUCCAAAAGUUAUGCAUUGGUCAUGACAACAAAGGUGGUGGAGCGGCGUGGUUUUUAGAAGACGUUAUUGUUGAUAUCCCAUCCCGUGGGGAGAGGGCUGUGUUUGCAUGUCAUCGGUGGCUAGCAGAGAAAGAGGAUGAUGGAAAGAUUGAYCGAGACUUGUACCCAACUGAAAUACAAGAGACAAGCUCAAAAAUUCCAUAUGAAGUGGUUAUCCAUACUGGUGAUGUGAGAGGUGCUGGCACCAAUGCUAAUGUAAUCUUAGUAUUGUARGGAGAGAAAGGCAAAUCUGAUGAAUUUAGUUUAAGAAACAAGUCAGACAAUUUUGAAAGAAAUCAAGUUGACAAAUUUAAGGUUGAGAGCGAAGACAUUGGUCCACUCACUAAGAUACGCAUUGGGCAUGAUAAUUCAAAAAUGGGUUCCGCUUGGUUCCUUGACAAGGUUGAGAUAAGYCGAGUGAAACCAGAAGACGAAAAAAAAUCCAAAAAGAAAAAAGACGAUGAUAUCCAUUAUGACUACCUUUUUGUGUGUAACCGCUGGUUAGCGAAGGACGAGGACGACGGUCAAACAAUGAGAGAACUGGUACCCAUGGACAGCACGGGAACGAGGCCAUUAAAUGAUGCAUUGURAGAAAAUGAGUACCGUGUCCAUGUGUUCACUGGUGAUGUCUCMAGUGCUGGAACCAACUCUAAUGUGUUUCUUACAUUGUAUGGUGAACUUGGUGACUCUGGAGAACGAAAACUCGAUAAAUCAGAGACUCAUUUGGAUAAAUUUGAACGUAACAAUGAAGAUAUCUUUACUAUUCAAUGUAUCAAUCUUGGUACUCUAACUAAAGCAAAAAUCCGUCAUGACAACAGCGGUUUGAAGUCUGCUUGGAACUUYGACCGUAUUGAAACAGAGGAUAAACUUGCUGGCAAGACAACUGRUUUUCCAUGCGGUAGAUGGCUCGCGACAAGUGAYGAUGACGGUCAAAUCUGUAGAGAACUAGUSGGUGUUGAUCAAGAAGGCUUCAAGCUUGAAAGACAGCGUUCCAUGAAGAGAAGAUCAACACUGAAACGAAAYGARAGCGAUGUGUCCAUWGUUGAUGGCGUUGAUCUUGAGAGCAAYGCACGAACCACGACCUAUGAGGUAACCACGGUAACGGGUGACGUCAGAGGUGCWGGRACUGAUGCUAACGUGUACAUUAUGCUGUAUGGAACAGAAGGCGAUACAGGKAAAAUCCCUUUAAAGACRUCACAYUCCAACAAGAACAAAUUCGAAAGGAACCAAUCUGAUGUCUUCAACAUCGACGCCAAGGUCGGUGAGGUCAAGAAAAUCAGAAUAGGGCAUGACAAUAAAGGGGGCUUUGCAGGRUGGUUCUUGGAUAAGGUCAUCAUUAAUGUCCCUUCUCURGGKCAACAUGUGGUAUUUCCAUGUGGAKGGUGGUUUGACAAGGAUAAGGAUGAUGGAAAGCUUGAAAGAGAGCUUAACAUCUCGGAGGACUCGGCACAAGUCUAUCGACCACAUGUUCCCUACGAGAUAACUGUCUACACUAGUGAUAUGCAAGGAGCUGGUACAAGUGCCAAUGUAUUUGUUGUAUUGUGUGGUGUAGAAGGGUCAACUAAGGAUGUUAUUUUAGCUGAUACUGAUAGGAAAAAGAAAGGGACUUUUAACAGAGGCUCUGUUGAUCAGUUCGUCAAAGAGUUGGAUGACAUUGGACCUGUCAUCGAAAAAAUUCGUAUUGGRCACGAUAACAAGGGAUUUACACCYGGUUGGCAUCUAGAAAAGGUAGACGUAAGACGUCUUUCUGACGAAGAUGGCAGCUCCACUACCCAUACUUUCCCAUGUAACAACUGGCUUGCUAAAGACGAGGGGGAUGGUGCCAUUGUCCGUGAGCUGGUACCCCAGAAGGUUGUGGAGGAGACGGUUUGUGAAGAUGGUGAAGUAGAAACAAAGGAAGUGGACCAYUAUACUCUUGAAAUGAAAAAGUACGAGGUUCACGUGUUCACUGGUGACGUCAAGAAGGGCGGGACUGAUGCCAAUGUGUUCAUUACCAUAUUUGGAGAGUAUGGUGACUCGGGAGAACGACAGUUGGCAAAGUCAUCAACGUACUCUGAUAAGUUUGAACGAGGACAUGAAGACAUCUUCAACCUUGACGCAGCAGAUCUGGGCAAUAUACAUAAAAUCAAACUUCGUCAUGAUAACAAGAACUUAAACGCUUCGUGGUUUGUAAACCGCGUUGAAAUCCGUGACCUUGAUACGGAUAAACUAUUCCCAUUUAUUAUCGAGCGAUGGUUGUCCAAGAAGAAAGAAGAUCAAAAGAUUGAAAGAUCGUUUUACGUCAAAGGAUAUGAGGGUGACCGCACAACACUAGGAACUCUUAGUGUACGAUCACUGGGACGUGAUAGUCGAACGUCUUCGCCUACCGGAAGUCCUCGCAGUACUAGAAGGCGCUCUUUUAAGGGGAGCGAAGARAACCUUAGCAUAAAGGCACCUAUAAGGAGUGAGACCGCUGAUGCMGCUUUUGCAAAGGAGUUUGGGAAAAAGGACGAGGAUGCGGUGAUCACUGAUACACCAAGCAUACCCUAUACAGUGAGAGUAACUACAGCCGAACAGACUGAUUCCGGUACAGAUGCUAAGGCUUAUGUAGUUCUAAUAGGAGAYAAAGGUGCUUCAGAAAAGAUACCCAUUAAUCUCGCUCAGAAAGACAGCUUUAAACCUGGAAUAACAGAAACGUUUUCUGUUGAAUCUGUUGAUGUUGGCAAGAURAGCAAAUUGGAAAUAGGGCAUGAUGGGUAUGGACCAUCAUCAGGUUGGCAGGUGAAGGACAUAGAGGUUGAUGUCCCUACUGAAGGAACCAAGUAUUUCUUUCCUUGUAAUCGAUGGCUAUCACGUGAUAAGGACGAUGGUAAAACUAACAGAAUAUUAUCAACAAGUGGRGAUAAAGUUGUGACGUAUAAACCACACGUACGCUAUGAAAUGAGUGUCUACACGGGUGAUGUUGAAUCAGCUGGCACAGACUCCAAGAUCUCGUUCAUUCUGUUUGGUACCGAGGGCUCCACGCCUGAAAUGCCUUUAGAAAAAGACGAAUCUCGAUUUGAGCGAGCGGUCAUGGAUGUGAUUAGCAUGGAAUGUGAAGACGUUGGAAAACUAGUCAAGAUGAGAAUUAAAAUCGAUGGAAGUGGAAGCAGACCAAGCUGGUUCCUGGAAAAGAUAUUACUCAGAAAUGCCAAUACGGACAAAGUCGAUUCAUUUAUAUGUAAUCAGUGGUUAUCGAAGAGCGAAGGAAAACUGGAAGUCGAAAUUCCAUGCGAAGCUGAAAAGGGAGAGUCGAAAGCAUUGCGAAAAACAACGUAUACUAUCAAAYUCAAGACAGGCGACGUUAGUGGUGCUGGCACAGAUGCUAAUGUAUUUAUCAUUAUAUUUGGACAAUAUGGCGACUGCGGCGAACUGGCAUUGAAAAAUUCAGAYUCUUUUAAAGACAAAUUUGAACGAAAUCACACAGAUAUCUUUGUUUUCAAAAAUAUUUAUUCAUUGGGUGAGCUAUCCAAGGUACGGAUCUGGCAUGACAAUAAGUUUUUAGGAGCGAGCUGGUUUUUAGAGUCAGUUGAAGUCAUUGAUGAAUCAACCAAGGCUAGUUAUUUGUUUCCUUGCAAACGAUGGUUGUCAAAAGACAAGGACGAUAAGAGUCUUGUAAGGGAGUUAUCGUGUUCUACUGGCAGUAGAAUCAGCAUGGGAACUCAUACAGUUUACGACAUCACUAUUCUAACAAGCGACAAGCAACAGGGUGGCACUACGCAAAACGCAAGUGUCAUUCUCGAGGGGGAAAGUGGGUCAUCAAAAGAAUUACUCAUUGAAAAUAGCCCYUCAAAGAAGGUACUUCGUCGUGGACACGCAGAUAAAUUUAGCAUGAAAUCCAAACAYCUUGGACAYCUGACAAAUGUCAUUCUCAGCCACCUAAAGAAAAGAGGAGCGACGGUCAAAGYGAGUGGAAAAGAAACUGCAUGGUUUGUUCAUGAAGUCAUUGUUGAGAACGAAGAAAGUGGCAAGUUUGUGUUUCCAUGCCGACAAUGGAUACCCCUCGGUGAUAGAGACGACACUGAGAACACUGUACGUCUUGACUGUAAAACAAGCGAAAAAACUCGGCUGAAUACUUUACGAGAUCUCCAGCCUGUACAGUAUUUAAUCGAUGUCCACACAGCAGAUGUCCAAGGUGCUGGUACCGAUGCCAAUGUCCAUAUUACCAUAUAUGGCUCCAAUGGUGAUACAGGGCGGCGACCACUGACCAAGAAAUUCGUGGACUUAUUCGAACGAGGAAAGAAAGACAGUUUCAACAUGGAGGCACUGGAUUUAGGCUCSCUAGUGCGCGUGCGCAUUGAGCACGAUAACAAAGGUUUUAAAGCAGGGUGGAUGUUAGCGAAGGUCGUUGUCACGAACACUAUAUCGCAAGAAUGCGUGACUUUCCCUUGUAAUCAGUGGCUGGACAAGAAGAAAGGAGAUGGGAAGAUAUGUAGAGACUUAUUUCCACUUGCUACAUAAGAUGAAYUGCUGUUCUUUUAAUGACACGGUAAUGCGUUACUUCAAGGUAUGAAAUACGAUCGYUGUCGUGACACCAUAUGGGAGAAUGCGUGACAUUUUCUUGGUCGCGCUAUACAAACACUAUAUCGCCAAAUAAGGAAUAUCCAUUGGAUACAAGACUCAUAAAAUCUACAGAUAUAAACAAUUCUGAUYAUAGUUCUUUUAAAAGCACUAACAAAAACACACUGUAUUUAAUUUGAAUAUUUUAUAAUCAAUUUAAAAUAUUUUAUAUAUUUAUUAAACGGAAUUAAUGCAGAUAAGCAUGUAUUAAAACAAAUAAAAAGUUUAACUAUUAAAAACGAUCAGAAUAUUA